AUGUUUGCAGCAGCCCUUGAAAGUCUGUUUGCCCUUUUCUGUGGGCCCUCGGAGUUUCUGGCAGCAGAAGUCGCUGCAGCGUUGCGGGCAUUGCGGGUUGCUCGCUACAACUCUUUUUCUUCUUCUUCUUCUUCUUCAUCAUCAUCAUCAUCAUCUUCUUUUUCAUUGUCAUCAUCAUCUUCUUCUUCUUCUUCUUCUUAUUCUUCUUCUUCUUCUUCUUCUUCUUCUUUUCUUCUUCAACACACCUCCUUUUCCACAGGCUUUGAUCUAUCUUUGUUUGGGAACAACGCCAUCUGUAGACUCCGAUCACGGUUGAUACCUCGAGACCACAUCUCAUCAUUAUUUCUCGAAAUAAUAAUAUCCAAUACGAAUUUAUCUAUCUAUCUAUCUAUCUAUCUAUCUAUCUAUCUAUCUAAGUUUGUUCUUAUCUAUCAUAAUCUGUUCUAUCUAUCUAUCUACCUAUCUGUCGUAAUCUGUUCUUUUCUGCCACAGCUUGUUCGUAUAUCUAUUUAUCUAUCUCAGUUCGUUUCGCUAUUCAUAAUCGAACUUUCAGCCAAUCUUCUGUUUACACUCUCAAUCAUUACAGCCUUUUGUCACUGA